AUAAUACAUAUAUGUAUUUAAAGAUGAAGUUACGCACAAGUGGUGCAACAUCAAGUCAUAUUUCAGUUCAGAGAAGCAGAGGAUGGACAAGGCAAAGAGAAGCGGUGCCGGCGGAGACGAAAACGUACAGACCAGCUGGAAGUUCUAUGAAGCUUUGAAAUUCCUACAACAUGUGAAUGAGCAUACACAAUCAGUGAAUAAUUUUAAUAAGUGGAGUUUGCAGAACCUGGACCCUGAUCCCAAUCCAUCGCGUAAGCUUGGGGAGCAACUGCAGCCUGCAGAAUGUUUCGAUCCAGGCUUUGACUCAGAGUCAUCCUUUUCACUCAUCGAAGACAACACAGAGUUCAUUACAAUUACCCCUCUUGCAGUAUCCAGUCGCUCCAAGAUACUAAAAACAUCUCUACAGAAGACACUAAUAGUGAUGCAACACCAAUUAAAAUCAUAUCGGAUGAGAUUGUAA